AGUCAGUCCAAAGCGGUAACAUUACAGCAUUGUGUGUGUGUGUGUGUGUGAGGCGGAACAUACACAUUUCUAAAAAAAAAAAUUUAAUUACAUUAAAAGUUCCCGAUGAAAUUAUAACAUUAUAAAAAUCUAAAAUAUCGACAGGAGCAUUGAGAAUGUCAGACAGAGGAGAUGUGGAUUUAACCGGAGCCAAACAAAACACAGGAGUCUGGUUGGUUAAAGUACCGAAGUAUUUGUCUCAGCAAUGGGCCAAAGCGCCAGGACGAGGAGAAGUGGGAAAACUCCGAAUUGGCAAGAAUCAGGGCAAGGCAGAGGUGUCCUUCACGCUGAACGAGGACCUGACCAUGAUCGAGAGCAUGGGGGAGAAGGUGUCCAUGGUGCGAGCGCCUCGGGAACACCCGUUCACCCUGCAGACGGUCGGGGGACAGACCCUGGCUGUUUUCACAGAGACGUCCUCAGGCCAGUCAGACGCUGAAGGCAGCAGUUCAGGUACUGCUACGGGCCCAGACAAAAUAGCGCUGGAAGGCUUGGUGGUGCAGCGAGCCGAGUGCAGAGCAGCCGCCAACGAGCACUACAUGAGGUUAAAAAGGCUGCAGAUCGAGGAGUCGUCGAAGCCCCACCGGUUCUCUCAGCAGUUGGAUAAAGCCGUCACCACCAACUACAAACCUGUGGCCAACCACGCUUAUAAUCUGGAUUAUGAGAAAAAGAAGAAGGAAGAAGGUAAAAGAGCACGAGCGGACAGGCAGCAGGUGUUGGACAUGCUCUUCUCUGCGUUUGAGAAGCACCAGUAUUACAACAUUAAAGACCUGGUAGACAUCACCAAACAGCCUGUGAUCUACCUGAAGGAGAUCCUGCGCGACAUCGGUAUCUACAACGUGAAGGGAACGCAUAAGAACACCUGGGAGCUGAAGCCCGAGUACAGACAUUACCAGAACGAAGAGAAGAGCGACUGAGCAGCUUCGUCCCUCCGGCGCCGAUCGAUAAACCGCUUUCCGUAGUGUCUCGUCUCACUGUAACAGAAGCAGCCGGUAGACAGGUUGCUAUGGAAACCAGUUCAGUCUCUUUAAUAACAUAUAGUGAAAUUAAUCUUUUUUUUUUUUUGGAGUCGUGUUUUUACUUCUUUUUAUGAAAUAAAAAAAUGUCCAGGGCAUUGUUACGAUCAGAUCAGAUGAAGAGCGGCCUGUAGACAAACCCUUUCAGUCGUUAUGGUUUUAGCAUCAGUUUUAAUGUUAUUUGCACUGGUGAAAUAAACGUGUAGUACAAAUUGAACUAAACGUCUGCACCGGUUCAGCUUCCUGUUUUUCACCUUUCAAUGUUACUUACACUGGGGACAAAAUUCUAAUCGUCCACCCCACCAUUAUCAAAGUUAUUGUUUAAUACAUAUUCUAUUAUCGAGUUCUUCUAUGAGUUAUUAAAAACCAACAAUCAAAAGCAGCAAUUAUCGGGUGUUCAAGCGCUUUAGGGCCCUUAAAGAUGUCAAAAGAUAUUAGUUAAUAAUUGAAAGAAAUAUGGGCCUUCGUUAAGCUCGUCUAAUAGCUGCUGAAUGUUGAUUGACCGAUGGUGGCCAUGUUUUUCAAGAUUCACAAUUGUUCUCUAGCUGUGUUUCCAUUGCAGGAACUUCCCCCAGGAACUAGCGACUCCUUGAGGUACUCGGUGGUCAGGGUCUGAAUUAAGUUCCGGGUAAAUUAUUUCCCCUCGGAAAGUCCCUACUCAGGAGGGGGUACUUUUCCAAAGUUCAGGAACUUUAGGGGGUGGGACUUGGGCACUGAACAUACUGAUUGGUUAAGUGCAUUUUUUUUUUUUUUUUUUAAAGUCUGUUGCAGUGCAUACGGUAAUAGUUGUUUAUCGUGAUUUGAAGCAACACAGCGGAGUUUCUUAAAAAGUACGACCGAUGGGCCGACAAGGUUCAGGUGUUAAGUAUUUAUGCUAAGGAUGAAAUACAGCGGGAACUGGAAAUGGCGAACCACGAUGAAAAAGGAUACUUUAGUAGUCUGGGGACUAAUUGUUCGGGGUAAUUUCGGUGGAAACGCAGCUAUAUAUGCUGACUGGACCUUGGACAAGGACAAUUCUUGCUAGAUUCAUUUAUUGUUUAUUGGACCAAUGGUUCUGCACUUAGUGCCAAUUUCAUGCUUUGUUCUGUUAUAGCACCACCAACUGGUCAAUUUUUUUUAAUGGCUGCCUGCAGAUUAAGCCCAUACAUAAGUAUCCCAAGUUUGGUGAAAAUAAAAAAAUCCCAAUUCAAAUUAUAACCAUUUAAGUAAAAGUGGCCACACCCACUUCAAACAUUUCCAUGUGCCCUUGCAAAGGUAAAUCAAAACUUACACUUUUUUUUCUAUAAUUAUCUAUCCAAAGAAUUGUCCUGCAAUAGUUUUCUUUCAGUUGAGUGAAAAACCUAGGACUAGUUCACAAAAUUUUUUUUUAAACCACCUCAGAUAUUUAAUGAACAAUUUGACAGCAGUGCUUCUAGAAGCAAAACCGUUCAGAAGGAGGAGAUCUAACAUUAUACAAAGAACACGUGUAUGUCUGAAACAUCAGAUAACAUGCCAUCAUUUACACACCAUUUAUACAGCCAUUUUCAUGGUCAGAACCUGCUACAACUUCGUAGCCUCCGAUCGAUACCUGAAUCUGGAGUAGACGUGUGUUAAUUCACGAAUGACAAGGACCAUUUUAAGCAUCAGCGUCAUGGGUAAAAUCACCACGCUAACUGUUAAUUUAUUUACACACCAGUUGUCUGUCCUUUUUCAAUAAUUUAUAACCAGUUAUAACCUAUUCACGAUUGCUCCCUCGAUUCGAUUCAUUUCCGUCGUUAGCGUUAUCAGAUCUUUACACCACUAACAUAUACGCACAAGACCUGUGGAACAAAUCAAGUACAUCAAUGUAUAUUAAUCGAUUAAUAUAUGCAAUGUUGAUGUUUUACACACAAAAAAACCACCUAUACAACAUUAUAAUUCUGAGACACUUGGAGAAUCAAUUCAGUGCUUACAAAAUUAUUUAAAGCGUAAUUUAUAAAGAACCUUCAACAUGGACUCCAUGGAGUUUAAGAAGUAAUCAGAGGAGAGUUUGAAGGACCUCACCCUAAAUUCACACCCGGGCCUUAGAAUACCAUACACGUACUGCUUUUUUCCCUCAGCACAGGGAGACGUGUCUGUAACUGCGCACUCACUCUCUCACACCUAAACGAUAGAUUAGUUACUGCAGCGUUACUUCACAGCAAUACCUGAAGAUUUCGUAUUCAAAAUUUUAAAUAAAUAACUCUCAACUCUGCACACAAGACACCUUUAGCCAGCAGCUUGACUUUAUUUCACAAAUAGUGCCAAGAAAUCCUAUACAAUCCUGUGAUUUUGAGGAGGGGGAGGGAGGGAGGGGAGGGGGGGAUAAUACCUGCACGACUGCCGUCUGAGCGCUGACAUGCACACAGCAAAACCAAUUCCCAGGCAGUCAAAGUUGGUGAUGAAAAUUAAAAAAAAUAAACCCUAAAGUGAGCUGCAUCGUGUCUUCUUCCCCCGACAAUGCAAAGCUCUCUGCAAUGUGAUCCAGCUCACUAAAAUACUGUUCACCCCGUC